AUGAUGCUGUUACAGCAGUUUUGGAAGGUUCAAAGACCAAAAAAAGAAACUUCACUGAAACCUGGUACGGUAGUAUUACAAAAUGCACCAAAGAAGAAUAUGAAAGUUUGUGUAUUUGGUGACGCAGUACAUUGUGAUGAAGCUAAGGCUUUGGGAGUAGAUUAUAUUGAUCUUGAAGGUUUAAAGAAGUUUAAUAGGAAUAAGACAUUAGUUAAGAAAUUGGCUAACAAAUAUAGCGCAUUUUUGGCUUCACAAUCAUUAUUACCUCAAAUUCCCCGUUUCUUAGGACCAGGCCUGAACAAGGCAGGAAAAUUCCCUACUCAGCUUCUUCAUACUGAUAAGAUGGAAGAUAAAAUCAAUGAACUACGAUCUAGUGUUAAGUUCCAGUUAAAGAAAGUACUUUGUAUGGGUGUUGCUGUUGGUAAUGUUGAAAUGAGUCCAGAACAAUUAAGAGCCAACAUUGUUCUAUCCGUUAAUUAUCUUGUUUCAUUAUUGAAAAAAAAUUGGAAUAAUGUUAAAGGGCUUACUAUUAAAAGUACUAUGGGUAAACCACAACGUAUCUACGGUUAA